AUGGGCACCCUCCAGGCUUUCAAGAUUGCAGACCUCCUGAUGGAGCUGCCGGUGUGGAGCAGGAUUGCCCCGCAUCUGCCGAACAAGGAAAUGAAGCGCAGGAGCCGCGCCAAGACAAUGCGGACGCAAGUCCUCAAGACAAAGGAGGCGGAUGGGCGUUUGGCAGAAAUCGAGAAGGAGCACGAGGCUGCUCUGGAGGAAUCCAGGACGCCUGGACAGCGGCCCUUUCCGCCCAGCGGGCCGCAGCUGAAGCUCUACAGCCGAUGGAGGCGCCACGACUAUGCCAUCGAGUUCGUGAAGUCUGUGGCCGACCUCAUCCUGACCAUCGACACGAAGAAUGGCUUGAAAGUAUGUCAGGCUGAGGACAGCCGUAUCCUGUUCCGGCUGCUUCUUCCGGAGUUCUCGUGCCUGACGCCCUACCUUGCUCCCCCGGAGCCGGCGCAGGAGGCGAAUCUCGAGCAAGGCGAGGAGCAAGUCCAUUUCCAACGCCCGGAGGCCCUCGGCGCAUCGAGCCUCCUCGUCCUUCCCGCCUGGGCUUCUGAAGGAUGUACGGAGAUUGCCCCCACGGAUCGGGUCGACUGCCAGAAGAUGGACGAGGGCUCCUGCACGGCGGCUGGCUGUUGCUGGUCUCCUGUGGAUCCCAAUCCAGAGAACCUGCCCUGGUGCUUCUUCAGCGACAAGAAAGUCCAGACCUGCAAGAUCGGAGCCGACCCCAAGGCUCCCUUUUCGGAUGCUGAGCUCGAAGAGGUGUUGAAGUACUUCGAAGCGAACCUCGACGCAGAGGGCACUGGCGAGGUCAUGGCUUCGCCCGAUCAUGCAACUGGCCCUGGAGGUGACUACUACUUUGCCUGGGCGCGCGAUGGCGCUCUGAGCAUGAACGCGUACCUGCAGUCGAAGGGCUCCCUGAAGGACAUGGAGGCGAAGAUGGAUGCCUGGAUUUCUUGGUUGGAGAGAUCCCAGAACCAACCGGACCCCAACAACAUCAACAUCCUCGUGGAGCCGAAGUACCUCAUCCCAGAGGGCACUCCUUUCACUGGCGGCUGGUGUCGACCACAGAAUGAUGGGCCAGGGCUCCGCGCCAUCACCGCCAUGGCCUACGCGGGGCUGAAGCCCGCUAUCCGCGACCGCGUUUGGGCCCUGGUGAAGCAGAACCUGGACUGGGUGGCGGGGAACUAUGAGAGCGAGACCUGUGACCUCUGGGAGGAGGUUCGCUCUCCCGACUUCUUCUGGAACCGGUACACCAUGCGCAAGGCACUGAUGCAAGGCGCAGCCUUCGCUAAGUCCGUCGGCGACGAGGGGCGGGCGUCCAACUACAGUGCGGCGGCGAGCACUCUGAGCAGCAAGUUGUCGUCCCACAUCGACUCGUCUGGCUACGUCUUCGAGUCCUCCAACCGCCGCAAGGACACAGCAGUGAUCGAGGCGUUCAAUGUGGGAGACAUGGAUGACGGAGUCUUCGCGCCCCUGAGCAAGGAGGUCGCUGCCACGCUGUCGGAGCUCAGCAGCCUCUUCUGCCGGAGUUAUGCCAUCAACCAGGACGCAGCAUCGAAGGGGAUGCCCGGCGUCCUCUUCGGCCGCUACGAGGGUGACAGCUACGACGGGGGGAAUCCUUGGGUGCUGCUGACCGCCUCUGCAGCCACGCUGCUGUACCGCCAGGCAGCGGCUGCUGCUCACUCACAGCCAUCUGCAGAGGCGAAGAAGCUUCUCACCGACCUCCUGGGCCGCGAGCCGACGCCGCAAAACCUGCUCGGGGCCGGCGAUGCGCUUCUGCUUCUCAUGAAGAAGUACCUGACGAACGGAAUGCACAUGAACGAGCAGAUCGACCGCAAUUCCGGCGAGCUCAAGUCUGCCAAGGACUUGACCUGGAACUACUCCAACAUACUCAAGGCGAUGAAGGCACGAAAGGCUGUGGCCGAAUCGGACCCUUCGCAGCUGCUGGGUGUGACUUUGGGCAACUCCCGGGGCGCCUUGGAGACGGUGGAGUUCCCGUGGUCGUCGCCUGACGUUGAGGUGUUUUCGUCGCAGGCAUCUCAUGGCGGGCCUGUGCUGCAGGUCGAUUACUUGCUUCCCAUCGAGAUCUUUGUGUCUGUAGGUAAAGACGAUACAGUGCGGUUCUGGUCCUCGGCGCUGCACCUGCUCCGCGAGGUAUUCUUCCCCCAGCCUUGUUCCACUGUGGCCUUCCUCCGGCUGCCAGACAUGGACAGCAGUGCUGGACAUGGAGAUGUCCUCGUGGGCUUUGCAGCACACGUGGAGAGGGUUCCCAUGGAGGUGUGGGCACGCGGUGUGAAACAUGAGAAGCUGGGCACACACCCACUCGACAGUACCAUGCGGAGCUCCCAAGGUUCGAAGGCCAGCGGAUUUACCAAGAGCACCACGCUGGAAGAGGAUGAGCUACUUCUGCAAGAGUUGUACACGUUCAGUCCCGAGGACGAGGAUGUGCUGGGAGAGCGGCCUCCCAGUACCGAGAUUGUGAAGGUGGUGGAUGAGGAGGUGGCGCCGAGAAAGAGGAGGACGGGCGCUGUGAUGGACUUCCGCGGUGCACCUGUGAUGCCGCUGGGAAUCCUCGGUGGUCUCGCGGCAGACAUGGUCGGAGUGGAGGAGCGCCUGGCCCACCGGCCAGAAGCCUUGGAGCAUGUGCCACAUGAGCACAGCCAGGUCCUGGACCAGGGUGACUUCCGAGCCAUCACGCGCUACCAUGCAGGCUACUACGAUUGGACGGUGAACCCCAGUGCGAUGGUGGAUGCCCCUCGUGGAUGCGCCAUUCGGGGAGUCACCGGAGACGGCAAUGUGGCAAUUGUGACCUCUGUGGGCGUAGGCCACCUCCGCGGUGAGGGCCACAGCUUCGAGCGCCCGGCUGAAGCGCAGGAAGCCAACCGGGAUGAGCUGCCUGCCCAAGCGUCGUUGGAAGAGAUUGGCGAGGACCCCAGCGGCGAGCUCCUUGAUGAAGCCCAGAUGGCCCAAGGCUCCCCAUCCCCGCGACCCCCCACCAGCGCCUCGGCAGCCACCAGCGCCUCGGUGACGGGCGCUACGACGAUAAGGAGGCUCGACACCCGCCAGCAGCUCCGGACGGAGUCGCGCACAUCGGCCAGAACGGGUGAGGUGAGAGGCCCGAUCGAGGAGUGCGUGGAAGAGACGGACGAUGAGGGCGCCGUUAUUGAGGAAGAAGAGGAGGUGGAGGACACCUGGAGGAACCUUCGCAUUGCCCGUGGUGUCCCUCACCGGGCCGACGUGCCGAAGCCACAGACACAGAACAUCGCCAACACGGACGCGGAUGCUGCCAAGAUGCUCCGAGAGCGUGGGAAGCUCAUCGAUGCUCCUGAGGGCAUUGAGACGAACUUCCUGAGCCGCAUCACCAACAAAAAGACCGAGUGGAUUUACUGCGGCGUAGACAACGUGCAAGUGGCUCGGCGUACUGCGCGCAAGAUGGUGCACCAGACCAUCGAUGAGGGCGAGGGCCUCAAACUUUGGACGGCAACGGGGCGGCUGAGAACUGGGCACAGAGCGCCGCCGCAGCGGGCGCUGCCCAAGUGCUACGUGCCCCUGCCGCCGGAGCACCUUUGGGAGCGGCCUCCCAUGACCCGCUCGGAAGUCACGGAGAGGCGCAUCAUCGAAGCCGCCAGAUCCCCACAGAGCGGCCACUGGAUGCAGGAGCUCGCGCUGGAAUCCGCAGAGUUCGGGCAAGUCCAACGCCCGCUCAUCGCCUCGGCACGGGUGCGGCCGCGGGGCGGCCAGAGCUCGAGGUCACCGAGCAGCGUGACUGUCACCUCCGCAGCGGAGACUGAUACCUCCAGCUCAGUGGGACGCCCAGGGCUGCCGCGAAAGGUGAGCUUCAACUUGCCACAAGUGCCGAAGACCCAGCGCUAG